AUGGCUGGAGGCGCUCAUGCCGGAGAGUCUUUGGGCGUAGAGCGGCGAACCACCCGCUGUUGGGAAUAUGGCAGCGUGUUCAUUCCUGAAGAUGACGGGUGUGAUGAGGAUCCGAAGACAGGCAAAUUUGUCCCUCUCGGCAGUGUCCAGGUGGUUGUCGCCUGGUUCGGUGAUGCUAAUGAUGCUAGCCUGCGGAAUGACAUCACUGAGGAGGUCCAGCGAAUGCUUUCUCCGUCGCAGCGUUCCGCAGUGCCGGCCAUGGCAAGGCUCUGGGGGGACCCGGCCAAGUUCCGGGUGAAGCAGCUGGAGGUGACGUACGAGCAAGACUGGCUUGGUGAUGAAAGGCGUGAAGCUCUCUUGGGCUUGAAAGCUCGUGCGAACGAGAAGGCACAGGAGGCACCAGAGCUGGAGAGCCUCCUGCAGCGUCUGAGCGCCGCGCUGGUGGCCGCGGCGCAGUCGCGUCCCUGUCCCGCGGAGUCCAUUGCCGGAUUCGGUGCUACAUCCCCAAGGUGGAGACAGCUUGGCUUCCAGUCGUGCGAUCCUCGCUCAGACCUGCGCACGGGAAUCCUGGCGCUCGACUGCUUAGUCCACAUGGCAGAAAGGUAUCCCCUGGCCACGAGCCAAAUGGUCCGUGAGGCCCAAAGCGAUGGGAUCGAUUAUCCGUUCGCUGUGGCGAGCAUCAACAUCACACAGCACUUGGCUAGGUAUCUGCAGCUUGUCAAGGAUGGCUUGGGCUGCUCCGGGAUGCAGAGCGCAUCCCCUCGCGUAGUUCACAGAUUUGCGAGGCUUCUGGCGAGCUCCAGGCAGCGGAUCGAAAGCCGCCGGGAGCCUGCGGCGCCUGCGAUAGAGCCCUUCUGCGAGUUGCAUGCAGCUGUGAUGGCACGCCUGCACUCCAACUGGCGAGCGCGGAAACAGGAAGACCCGAGCAUCACGGUCAUGCAUUUUGGGCCCAUCAUGGAAGAGACGUUGGCAGCUGCAUGUGCGUUCUGCAAGCAGGCUCCCAUGGAGACAGCGUCGGAGUUCAGGGGCCUGGCAAGCGUCUCGCAAGAGGCCUGGCCCGGUCCCGGUGGUUCGGAGAUGAUGGAGGGGUUGCCUGACGAUUGA